GACAAGGAACUGGAAGUCUGGAAGGGCUUUGAUCCCCGAAAGCCACGUUUAUCUCUUCGCUUGGCACGUGCGACGAGUCAGCGGAGCCUGAAGGCCACGUUUACCGUGUCAAAUUCUGCACGUCUUGCACGCCUCACACGGCCUCGGUUCCUGGCCCCGGGUAGUCGGCCGAACACCGAACACUACAUAUACGUCGGGGCAGCUAGCUCCGUUUUUCAUCACCACUGCAGUCGAGACUCGGGAGUCGCUGCCGCUCUGCAAGCUGCAAAGGAGAGAAAUUCUCAGUGUUGCUCCUGUAAAGAAAGAAGUUGAGAAGGGAUAGAAGAAGACUGAUGGCAGCGAUGUUCGGAGGCGUGAGAAUGCAGGCGUUGUCGUCAGCGUCGACGAUAGGGAGGAAGAAGCUCCGGAAGCCGUACACGAUCACGAGGCCGCGGGAGAGGUGGACAGCCGAGGAGCACGACCGCUUCCUCCACGCCCUCAACCUGUUCGGUCGCGACUGGAAGAGGAUCGAGGCGUUGGUGGCGACGAAGACGAGCGUGCAGAUCCGCAGCCACGCCCAGAAGUUCUUCCUCAAGGCCCACAAGUUCGGCCUCGCCGCCUGCCUGCCGCCGCCUCUCCACCCUCGCCGUUCCGCCGCCCUUCUCCAGCAGCCGCAGCCGGACAACAUUGACAUGCAGGUGCCCAGCAUGGAGGAGUGCCACAGGCCACGCGCUUCGCCUGAAUACCUCUGCCCGGACCUCGACGGCGCCUGGCUGGACCAGGACGGGACCCCCAUUGCCAUUGAGCUCCCACUGUCUCCCGACGACCUGCGGUUCGCCCAGGUUUACCGGUUCGUGGGCGACUUCUUCGGCGCCGACGACGCCACGGCGGCGGCGAAUGUCCCGGUGGAGGCGCGGCUCUGGUGCCUGCUGCUGCAGGGCAUGGAUCCUCUCGUCGUCGACACGAUCUUACUCGUGCUAAGCAAUCUGCAAGCUAACCUCUUUGCUUAGGCAUGGCAUGGUGGUUCCUCGUUUGUCAGAGAAAAUGGAUGCACUCUCGGUCUCUCGCGUGGAUCAACAUUAUGCAACGGGCUGCUAGCUAGAUCUUUCUUUAGAUUUCUUUGACUUGACUUGAGUGUAGAAAGAAACUAGUUUGGAGGAACGGUGUAAAAAGAGGCUCCAUCCUGCUCCUGUAAAAAUCGGACAUUUGCUGGCAACUGUCAUGCUUCUUUCCUUCUUCCUGUCGUUUUUAGUACAAAUUGAAGCAAUGCAUUUCUUCUUGGUGAA